UCUGCAGCGUCCUGAGGAUGAUUGUUGAUGGCACCUAGAGAAGAUGCGAGGUCCCCCCUCUCCUGGCCUUCUGCGGGCAGGGCCUUUCUGGAUGAUUUCGUUUGACCUCAUUUGAAAGGUUUUUUAAAAAAUGAGUCUGAGAAGGUGACCGGCUCAGAUCAUGCCAUGUAUUAGUGGUGGGACCGAGAUGAAAGGUAGGUCUGCAGACCCCUGAGCUACUGCUCAUUUUGUCAGUUAGGUCAAAGCUGGUUCCUUAUUAAAAGAUCUUUUUGAAAAUUGUGAGCAGGUUAGAACAAACAUUAAAAAUAUUACCUGGUCGUAAACAUCCCCAUCCCUUUUUUUCAGGGGUUUCUUGGAUUAUUUGACCCCAAAGGAUUAAUGUUGCUCGCAGGUAAAGAGAUAAGCAAUAUGGCUUGAGGGUUUCUUUUUCUCUACAACAUCAGUUUUAACAAAUCCAUGGUGUUUCCUUCUUUAUAUUACUGUUCUAUGUUAAACGAAUCUUCUUAUGUUUUUAAUUUUUGUGUCGCAGACCCUAAAUUGGUAAUAAAUCAGUAAGAAACAAAUAUUACACUCACUCAGUGAAAAGUGUCAUGUCUAAGUUCAGCAUGUAUUGGAGCCACACUUGGACAUGUAAGUAUCCUGCGUGUGGAGCUGUGCAGGCAGGUCAGUCCAGGAACUGCACGGCAGGCCAGUUCUCCUGACUUCCUUCUUCCUUCUCCCUUAGCACUGCCUCCUCCUCUAAGAACAGAAAAUGAACAAACCCCAGGAACAAGUGUCAUUCAAAGAUGUGUGCGUGGACUUCACCCAGGAAGAGUGGUAUCUGCUGGAUUCUGCUCAGAAGAUACUAUACAGAGACAUGAUGCUGGAAAAUUACAGCCACCUUGUCUCAAUAGGGUAUUGCAUUACUAAGCCAGAAGUGAUCAUCAAGAUAGAGCAAGGAGAAGAGCCCUGGAUAUUAAAGCAAGGAUUCCCAAGCCAGUGCCACCCAGACUGGAAAGUUGAUGACCUAAUAGAGAGCAGCCAAGAAAAUGAAGAUGGGCAUUUUUGGCAAUUUGCUGUCACCACCAACAAAACAUUAAAUAUACAUGGUGGUGAUAGAGUAAGGAAAACUUUCAAUCUGGGUAAAGACUGUGUUCCUUCAAGAAAUUUUUCAUAUAAGAUAUGUGCCUCUUGUGAAAUGAGUUUGAAGAAUAUUUCAGACUUAAUUAUUAGUAGAAAGAACUAUUCUGGAACAAAACCUGAUACGUUUAAUUUAUAUGAGAAAUUGCUCCUUGAUAUUAGGCAUGAGAAAACUCCUACUGGAGGGAAAUCUUAUAACUAUGAUCAAAAAAGGAAUAUCCUUAGUCAUGGCCAGGAUCUCACUCAGCUAAUUUUCGACCAGCCUUCUGAGUAUAACGAAAAUGGACAAGGCUUCCAAGAAGAGGCAGCCUUUUUCUCAAACAAGAGAGCUCAGAUAGGAGAGACACUCUGUGAAUAUAAUGAAUGUCAAAGAACUUUCAUCCAAAACUUAAAGCUCAGUUUAUCUCAGAGAACUCAUUUAGAAAGGGACCCAUAUGAAUGCAGUAUUUGUGGGAAUUCCUUCUAUGUGGAUUUAAGAUUGGGACAUCAGAGAGCUCUUACAGGGGAGAAUCCUUAUGAAUAUAAUGAAUAUGAUCAAAUUUUCUGUGACAAUUCAACUUUUAUUAUUCAUCCGAGAACUUACACAGGAAAAAUUCCCCAUGAAUAUAAAGUAAGUCACAAAACGGGGGGGAAAUCAGCCCUCUUUAAACAUCAGGUAGUACAUAUGGGAGCAAUACCUUAUGAGCACAAGGAGAAUGGAAAUAAUUUCAACAAGAAGUCACAUCUCACCCAACCUCGAAGAGCUCACUCAGGAGAAAAAAAUUUUGAAUGUGCUGAAUGUGGAAAAACAUUCUGGGAGAAGUCAAACCUCACUCAACAUCAGAGAACACACACAGGAGAGAAACCCUACGAAUGUGCUGAAUGUGGGAAAUCCUUUUGUCAGAAACCACACCUUACCAACCAUCAACGAACACAUACAGGAGAAAAACCUUAUGAAUGUAACCAGUGUGGAAAAACAUUCUGUGUGAAGUCAAAUCUCACUGAACAUCACAGAACACACACAGGAGAGAAACCCUAUGAAUGUAACACAUGUGGAAAAUCCUUCUGCCACAGGUCAGCACUAACUGUACAUCAGAGAACACAUACAGGAGAGAAACCCUUCAUAUGUAAUGAAUGUGGGAAAUCCUUUUGUGUGAAGUCAAACCUCAUUGUACAUCAAAGAACUCACACAGGAGAGAAACCGUAUCAAUGUAAUGAGUGUGGGAAAACCUUCUGUGAGAAAUCAGCUCUUACUAAGCAUCUCAGAACUCACACAGGGGAGAAACCCUAUGAGUGUAAUGGAUGUGGGAAAACCUUUAGUCAGAGAUCAGUACUCACUAAACAUCAGAGAAUUCACACAAGGGUGAAAGCUCUUUCCACAUCCUGAAUGUUCAGAAAUCUUUGUCUACCCUUUCAAAUUCAUUAUUCAGUUUUUAAAAAUAAGAUCAAUGAAACCCAAAGAACAUCACAAGUUACUCAAAAGUUAUGUCUUAUUGCACUUCAGAUAAUUAAUAUUAGAAUAAAACCUUAUUAAUGUUUUAAAUAUGUGGAAGCUUUUACGAAAAAAUAAACUUUUGUCAGAAAAUUUGUACUUAGGAAAAAUUUGUUCAUUUAAGUUAUAUGGUAAAAAUCUUUGUAGAGAAUUUAUGUUGUCUUGUAUCAUAUUCCAAAUGUGAUACCAAAACUUUAUUGUAAAUAUAAUGUGUGAUACUCACUUAUACUGAUAUUCACAGUAUAAUUUGAAGCUUAAAAAAUGUUGAAUGACAAUAGCAUUAAACAUCCAUGUGAAGAAUCCCUAAUGUGUUCAGGCCUAUGUAAGUAUUCUAACAUGAUAGAAAUUUGAGGUAUGUUUGAUUUAUAUAUUAGAGCCCAACAUUAAUUGUGAAGAGAAAGUAUGAACACUUAGUUAAACAACUAUUGUGAUCUACAUUAAUAUUUCCCACACUAAAUACCACCAGUAUCUUUGUAGGUUGACAUAAUUGCAUAUGUACAUGUAAAUAUAUUUAUACACACAUAUAGUGAUGUGCUAGAUUAAGUUCAUACUGGCUUGGGAGUACUGCUGAUUUAAAUUUUCAGGAAUUUUGCAAGCCAGUUGUUAAACACAGUCAUUUAAAAAUUAAAUUACA